ACUUCUCUGUCCAGUCAUAUUAGGUGCUGUUUGGUAAUCCUUUCUCAAUUACCAUCUUGCUAAAAUCUAACCUGGUUCCUGGGUGUCCUUAUGUGUCACCGGUUCCAAUGUCCCGAGGGGGUGGAACUAUAAAAGUCGACUAUCAUGCCACGAUACAGACAUGCGAACAUGACUUGAAGUAGACAUGGCAAUCUCGUCCCAGCAUUGAUUAUUUCACAGUACCGUCGUUCUUCUGAUGUUUUCCUGCUUAUCACCGCCAUCAUGACCUUGGCUUUUGACAAGCUUCCAUAUGAGAUUGUUGACUUGAUCCUCUCAUAUGCGGUCGAACUAAAUCGACGCGAUGCUGUGACAUACUCGUAUGGUCUUACUGAAGCGCCGCAGCCGCUCCAGCAUGUCAAGCUCGAUAUCUAUGUCAGCGGACGACGGCCGGAAGACUCCGUCAGAUGGCAUGCUGCUAGCUCUAUUCGUCAAGUAAAUUCUGUAUUCAGGAAAUGGGCCUUGAAAUAUGCAGCGGAUUCACUCUACAUACGCGCCUGGAGAGGAAGUGAAAGAUGGAUCGAAUCCGACAGGCUGGAAACCCUCCGGAAGGAUGCAUCAGGCCAAGUCGUCUAUCGACAUCCGUACAACGAUGUUCGGGAAACAGCACGUUGCUUUGCAAAAUGUCCAGAUCUAGCGCAGAGUGCUCGCCGUCUGUGGUUCGAUGGUCUCUACACAUUUGAGGCGAACACUGAGAUCUUCAAGAUCCUGUCUUAUUGCGCCAACCUACGUUCUCUCUCGCUGCCGUGGAUAUCCGUUAGAUACGGCACGGUGGAGCUGUGGCAGAAGCUACUCGGAGGUGGCCUGGAGUCCCUAGAACUGAGGGCUACCAACCUUACCAAAUCGCAGCUGAAGGCACCCGCACGUCCGAUCGACAAUCAGGCACUUGCAGAUCCCCGUGUCAGUUUCAAGAAUCUGAAAAGGCUCAAGGUCAUGGGAGAUACGAGCUUCAAGCCCAUCACGGAUGCAGACUUGCAAGUCAUCGCGCGGACGGCUACUGGCCUGGAUGCUCUACAUAUUACUAGGAUAUCAAGUGUCUCCAUAGCUGGGGUCAUGUCACUUGUCAAGGCAUCUAGCUCCACGCUGCGAGUCCUCGAAUACUCUCCCCUGCUGGCAGAGGACAGCAAUCAACAGGACCGAAAAUCAGACUCCCGUUCCACACAGCGUCUUUUACUGUCUAACCACGAGACCCAAUCUCACUACUGCACCACCCUGCUGAGUUGUCCUCGUCUAACCGACCUCUGCAUAUCUAUCCCAUCAAUCUGUCCCUCCCUUUUCAACUCCCCCGAUACCGUGCAUUGGACGGGCGACGUACAAGUCCGCGCUGCUAGACUUUGCGGCUACGAGCACUCUGCGCUCCAUUCGUCUGAAGGCGUUACAAAGAUGAAAGAUAUCCUCCAAAAUGCUCGAGACCUCAUCGAGUUCCGCACCUCAUACUUCGUCACGCCUUCACACCCAGGAAGCGACCGCUGUCUCGACAUUGAGCUUUUUGUCGGUCCUUAUAUAUUCACUCCUGUGAACCGUCUUGUACACGGCAACUUUGAUCUCGCUCGCGUGUCUUCAGAUUUUACGUGGCCCGAACCGGAACCUUCAGGAUCAAAUUCACGCCUCAUGCCAACCUCGAAGGGGCCCUACGGCUACACAGGUCCACAUGGAAAGGGCAUCGAGCACGACCUUGAAGGUGAACUCGGACACGCUUGGAACUGCGUCGACGAAGAUGUAUUCUUUGAAGGGGUGAAGAAAGGAUGGAUAAAAUUCUGA